CAGACAGGAAGGCGAGGCGAAGGUGACAUCGAUCUCCUGCUCCUCGACCCUCUCCCAAUAGUAAUUGUUAGUACAAGUGCGGGGAAGCAGAGAUGAGCUCUCCGGACGACUACCGCGGUCCUAAGUUCGUGGGCAUCAUGGGCCACGACAACGUGAGCCACAAUGGCAGCAAGACCACCGUCUACUUCGUGCAGGUUCAGGUACCCGAGGGCAUGUUCGUCGUUAAGCACCGCUACCACGAGUUUAAGGAUUUCCACGACAAGCUGUCAAGCGAAGGCUACCGCUGCCCGGCGCUGCCACCCAAGAAGUUCCUGGGCUCGUUCAACAAGGAGUUCAUCGAGAAACGUCAGCAAGAGCUGGCCAACUGGCUCCACUUGCUGUGCCAGUUCGACCCUGCGUCUGGCAACUCGGACCCGCGCACAUCGGAGCUUUUCAAAGAGUUUAUGCUCACAAACAAGGAGCCUUCGGAGAAGUACCAAGGAACCAAGGCCAUCUCGUACGAUGCCACGCCGCCUCCAUCGCAGUCCUCGGAGGACGAAACGAGCAUGUACAACACGCCCAAGACGUCGCUGGACGAUUUUGAGCUGCUCAAGGUCAUCGGCAAGGGCUCGUACGGCAAGGUGACGCUCGUGCGUAAGAAGGAAGGCAAGCGCUUGUUCGCCAUGAAGUCGCUCAACAAGUCCAACGUCAAGCGACGCAACCAGGUGGAGCACACGCGCACGGAGCGACGUGUGCUGGGCCGUGCCAAGCAUCCGUUCAUUGUACACUUGCACUACGCCUUCCAGACGUCGCAGAAACUCUACUUCGUGCUGGAUUACUGUCCGGGUGGCGAGCUCUUCUUCCACCUGUCACGGAUGGAGAAGUUCGAGCCCAGCAUGGCUCGCUACUACUGCGCUGAGAUCACAUUAGCUCUGGAGCAUCUGCACGACCUCGGUGUUGUGUACCGUGACUUGAAGCCAGAGAAUAUCCUGUUUGACUCUGUUGGCCACGUUUUGUUGGCUGACUUCGGACUUGCGAAGGAGGGUAUCACUGACGGAGCAGAAGGCACCAACUCGAUGUGUGGAACGCCCGAGUACUUGCCUCCUGAGAUUCUGGACCGCGUUGGUCACGGCACAGCUGUGGACUGGUGGGCAAUGGGCAUGGUGCUGUACGAAAUGCUGACGGGCUUGCCGCCUUGGUACACUCGCAACCGUCAGAAGCUGUUCGACCGUGUGCGUAACGCUCCGUUGACGUUCCCGGACGACGUGGACCCCGUUGCUCGCGACUUUAUCGGUGGAUUACUGCGACGUGACCCCAUUAAGCGCCUAGGUAGCAAGAGUGCCAACGAGGUGAAGAACCACCCGUACUUUAGCGGCAUGAGCUGGCAGGAUCUGUACGACCGCAAGAUCCCGCCUCCGUUCAACCCUUGUGCCGCUGCCGGUAAUGCCGAGGAGACUAAAAACUUUGAGGCCGAGUUCACUAAGAUGCAGAUCAACAGCGUCGAGAACUCGGCGCUGGGAGGCGUGCGCGUGUCCGACGCCUCUCGUCCGUCCAUGACGUUCCAGGGUUUCACGUACAACACGCCUAACGACUUGUCCAUGAGCGGCUCUGUCGGGCGAGGGUAAGUGCGAUCCAUGUUAAGUGAUCCCAGCUCCGUCUUUUGCUUUGUCCACUCGUCUCGUCAAAAUAAACGAGAGGCUGCAAGAGUUGACAACUGGAAGGGAGGAAGUCAUCAAGCACCGAGGACGAAGCUAAAAGAAGGACAGAGGACGUUGCAUGUAGGGGACUUCGCGACUACAAUAACCAGCACAAAACACCCUCGUGAAGUACAACUCGGAGAGAAGAGUUAAAAACAAAAAUGCACAUACGAAACGGGAGCGAUGGGUACAGACGUUGGCCAGUGGAGCGGAGAAGCGAGAAAGUCACGAGUGCGUUUGUUUGGAUUUUCAGCGAGGAAGGGAAGGACGCAGUUGUAGCCAUUUGCGUCAGUCCUUCGCGUCUGAUUGUUUUUAGUUUGUAAAACAAAUGAACUCAAAUUUGAAGAGCAGA